CGACAGCCGCGAAGCAGCAAGAAAGAAGAGAAGCACAGGAAAAAAGAGAUGGGAAAGAAAGCAAAGACAUCAAGGAAGGGGAAAAAAGCAUGGAGAGUCAACAUAAGCACGGAAGACAUAGAUGAUUACUUUGAGAAAUCCACGAAGGAUGCUCUGUCUGGGGGUUCUCUUACUUCUGCUCCUACUGAAUCUCUCUUCUUCAUCGACAAAUCCAAAGAUCUUUCUGUGAAGAGGAAGAUCGAGAAAAAAAGAGAAAGGGUGUUGCGAGUCGAUAGUGUGUUGCAGAAGAACCCUUUUGUUCAAGCGGUGCCAUCUUCAAAGCAGAAGGAUUCUAAGAAGAAAAAGAAGGAGGCUUUGAAAGCUAAAGAUGUUGUACUUCAAGAUGUUACCAGGGAUAAUUCUGCCCCUGAUUCCAGCAUGGUUCCCAUAUGGGGAAAUGAAGGUCAACAUAGUGGCAAAGUUAGACAGGUGUCCAAACAUUCGAUUAUUCCUGCUGUAGAAGUUGAGCCUCCAGGGUGUUCAUACAAUCCCUCAUUUGAAAGUCAUCAGGAUUCUCUGGCAGAGGCUGUUGCAGAAGAAAUGCAAAAAGCCUACAAGAUUGAGUUGGGACCUCAACCAGUUCCAUUAACUGUUGUGGGAGAAGUGAUUGAUGAAGACGAUAAAUACUUUAUUGAGGCAGAUGAUGGAACUGAUGAGGAAAUGAAUGAGGAGAAUUUGAGUGAGAAUAAGGAUCCUGCAACUGAGAAAAGGCCUUCCAAAACAAAGAGGGUGACUCGAGUUGAGUUGAAUAAGAGAGCUAGAAGGAAAGUACUGCUAAGAAAAGAAGCAGAAGCUAAAAAGGCAGAGGAAUUUUCCAAAGACAUUGACAGCUUGCCAGAUAUAUUACAAGAAAUAGCCAAAGAGGAUGAGGAGAAGCAAAAGAAACAACUUCGAAAGGUCAUAGCUAAGCAAGAAAGACUAAAGGCUUGCCCACCACGCUUGGGAAAAUACAAAUUCCAGUCUGCUCCUUCUCAAGUCCUGUUAUCUGAAGAACUUACUGGAUCUCUCCGUAAGCUUAAGGGUUGUUCUACACUUGCAAGAGAUAGAUUUAAAAGCUUAGAAAAGAGAGGCCUGAUUCCCCCAUCAGCGAAGAGUGGAAGGAAAUAGAGAGGUUUUACGUCCAAGGGUCGUGACAGUUCAAUUAAUUUGGUCAGGGAAAUCCGAAGAGUUCUCACCUGAUGCCCUUAAAGUUUGAACAAAAUGCCAUUAAAGGGGACCAAGCCAGACCCGUCUGCAAUCUCGGAUUGCUUUCCCAUGUUUCAUGAUAGUUAAAUUCACACAUGGUUGUUUUGUGACCAAAGAAAGUCUUAUGUGAUGUAAUAAACCUGGAGGAUAAUUUGAUGAUGAAUCUAAAGUCAGAUUUUUGA